AUGCGGCUCAGCGCCGCCGCGCUGCUGUGGGAUCGCUCCUUCCGCCGCCUCCCCGCGCGGGACGAGCGCUGGGAACCGCCGCCGCGGGCCGGGACCAUGCUGGGCGGCGGGGCCAGGGCGGCCAAGCCGUCCUUCGUGUCCUACAUCAGCCCGGAGGAAAUACAUAUAAAGGAACCCAUAGAAAAGGAAGUAAAUCCACACUUAUUACCAGGUGAACUGCUGCUUUGUGAAGCCAACACAGUGUACAAGUAUAUGCAAGAGGAUGGGUCAAAUCGUGGCACUUAUGGGAAACUCGUGUGCACAAACUUUAAGAUUUCUUUCCUUGAUGAUGAUUCUGCUUCAGAUGAUAGUGAGCCACAAUUUAAGAAUAAGAUUGUAGGAGAAAAUGACAUAACUCUGCAAUGUGUAGAUCAAAUAUAUGGAGUUUAUGAUGAGAAAAAGAAACUUCUAACAGGACAGCUAAGAAAAUACCCAGAGAAGUUAAUUAUCUACUGUAAAGACCUUAGAGUAUUUAACUUCUGCCUGAGAUACACAAAAGAAGAGGAAGUGAAAAGAAUCGUCAGUGGUAUAGUUCAUCAUAGCCAGACUCCUAAGCUGCUUAAACGUUUGUUUCUGUUCUCUUAUGCAUCAGCUGCUCCAAACAACACAGAUGGGAGAAACCAAACUGUGAUGUUUGAGACCCUCGAGGACUGGCGUGAUGAGUUGGAGCGGACCAAAGGGAAUGUGAAAUACAAAGCAGUGACCACCAAUGAAGGCUACAGAGUCUCUGAAAAGCUGCCUUUAUAUUUUGUUGUUCCCAUAUGCAUUUCUGAAGAGAGUAUCUUGAAGUAUGAUGGCAGAGGCAUUCCUAUUUGGUGUUGGUCUUGCCAUAACGGUGCUGCUCUUCUCAAAAUGGCUGCAUUUCCCAAAGAACAGGAUGACAGCACUUCACAAAUGCAAAAAGCCUUCUUGGAUGGAAUCUAUAAGACAAUUAGCAAACCUCCCUAUGAGCUCCUGAAGAUGGAUGACUUGUCAAGCAGCCUUCCAUCUCUGCAAGAUAUCCAGACUGCAUACACAAGAUUUAAACAGCUGUUUUUCAUAGAUAGUAGUACAGACUUCUGGGCAACUGAUGUGAAAUGGUUUUCAUUACUGGAGAGCACAAACUGGCUAGAAAUAAUCAGGAGAGUCUUGAAGAAAGCAAUAGAAGUUGCUGAGUGUCUGGAAAUACAGCAUACAAAUGUUCUACUCAUAGAAGAGAGUGCUACUGAUCUGUGCUGUGUAAUCUCGAGUCUGGUUCAAGUGAUGAUGGAUUCAUACAGCAGAACAAAGUCAGGGUUUCAGAGCCUUAUUCAGAAGGAGUGGGUGAUUGGAGGACAUUGCUUUUUGGAUCGCUGUAACCACUUACACAAAAGUGAGAAAGAGGAGGCUCCUGUUUUUCUGCUCCUGCUAGAUUGUGUUUGGCAGCUGGUACAACAGUAUCCUCCAGCAUUUGAGUUCACAGAAACUUACUUAACUGUCUUGUCAGACAGCCUCUAUGUGCCUAUUUUUAGCACUUUCUUCUUCAACUCUCAACAUCAAAGAGACACUAAUAAGAGUGGGGAAAGCUUCAAGACACAAAGUGGUCCUUUCAGAUUCCUUACUGUGUGGGACUGGUCUGUGCAGUUUGACCCUAAGGCCCAGGCUUUUCUGAACAACCCUUUUUAUGCAGAGAAACCAAAACCAGAUAAAAGUCAACGGAAGACUGCACGGUUCAAACAUCAACGGCAACUUUCUUUGCCUCUGACACAGGCAAAACCUUCCACGAAAAGAGGAUUUUUCAGGGAGGAAACAGAUCAUUUAAUUAAAAACAUUCUGGGCAAAAGAAUUGGCAAGUUCAUAAAUUCUUCAGAUGAGCCCCCUAAUAGCUUAAGGGAGUUUUAUGAUAGCUGGCAUAGCAAACCUGUUGACUACCAUGGUCUUCUGUUGCCACGCAUCGAUGGCCCCGAGAUCAAAGUCUGGGCACAGCGUUACCUGCGAUGGAUUCCCGAGGCUCAGCUUCAUGGUGGUGGAACAAUAGCUACAGCUGCCAAGAUUUUAGACUUGAUGGAGGAAGUGCAAAGCCUGCAGGUGAAAAUGGAUGAAGAACGCAGUCAGGCUGUUUCUGGAGACGUACAUUCUGUUCCCAUGCUGAGAAAUUCUGCCCGUUUGUCAUCCUUGUUUCCAUUUGCUUUACUGCAGAGACAGUCUGUCAAACCAGCUUUACCCACUAGCACCUGGAAAGACUUGGAAGAUGAAGAUGACUUGGUCAAAAGGGAUGAUGAAUUUGUUGAUCUAAGUGGGGAUAUGUUAUAA